AUUGAAAGCUCAUGACGUUUGCACCGCCACAUGCGACCCUGUCGCCUCAGCUCACAGGGCUGAUCGAGAGGAUCUUGACGGACGCACCUUCAGAGCACCAUGUGCAUUACCUCAAUGGGCUGGAACAGAUUCGAGCAUUCAUGGUACAAACCCACGGUAGCACUGACGGCCGACCCGUGUCCUUUGAGGACAUGGUAUCUCGGCAGUCCACGAUCUGGCAAGAACACUUUGAGAAGGCCAAGAAAGACAAGGAAACGAUGGCAACGCCGCGACCGACGCUGGACUUUCUCCCCAACGUCAUCGGCAUCGACAUCCGCGUGCAUGCGCGUGGACGACCAGACGACGCCAUCUACAACGCGAGUCCUUAUGCUCGCAAGUACCUGCCGCGGGGCAACUACAUCGCUCAGUGGCAAGUGGCCGACGACCGUGUGUUGUACUUUCCCAUGUUGCGGGCGUACCCGAAAUUCACAGGUCACGAAGACGACGGCGAAUUGCUUGCGGGCGAACACGACAGUGACUCGACGUCCGCCAUCACGAGCGAAGCGCUGUCCAAGUACUUCACCGAACCCGCCUCAGAAACGCAGUCUGUCAUUUCCACGACCAAAGAAAACGGCGAGGCGGCGCACCUGGCCGUCCUCAAGCUCCAAAACGGAUCGUUCGUGUACGUCGUGGGCUCCAAGAACGUGCAUAUGGUGAUCCAGAGCGCGCGGGACAUCGAGCCGGCCUGCGCGGUGGGGGUGACGAUCCCCGGGACGAACCCGUUUGCCGGCGCCAAGGCCGUCGCGUACGGAUUCAUGCGGAUGCUCGACGCGCUCGAGCCUGCGAAGCGCUUGCUGUUUGAGGAAUUCCUAUGGCAAACGCGGCUCACGGCAUCCUUUGAGCUGCUUUGCCCCGGGCACCAGCACGUCGAGCUAUUGGACGUACCGCAUGACACCCCCGUGUUGUUUGGGUUCUCGCUCCCGACCAUGGAGAUGAUGCUUCCCCAGAUCUGCGUGAAUCCGCUGCUAGGGUUUGCGAUUUCGACCGCCUGCGGGGUCCGCACCGUCGCGUUCCAAGUCGUGCCGUACACCGGGCUUGAGUUCAAGGCUGUGCUCACGGCCAUCAAAUGCGCGUACCAAACCGAAGGCAAAGUGAACUUGUACGUGAACGGCCGCGGCAACGUCAUCGGACUGCAAAAGUACAAGACGGCAUGGUAUGUCAGUUUGCGAGCCAUCCGAGAAAAGGCCAAGUCGUUUCUGACCAACGUGCUCGGUAAGAAGAAGGUAGCGGUCGGCGAAGCGCUACGAGACUCGCACCAGAGCGUGGAGAAACGGUUCAACGCCAUCAAGCGCUUCCUCCAGCUGUCGGACGCGAGCACCGCCAAGUACUGUGAGCUCGGCAAGGCGUUUAUCACGUACGUUGCCACGGUGCGGCUCGCGAACUGCGGCGACAGCGACACCGCCAAGAAGACGGUCCAGCACGACUGCGUCGACUUGUUCCCGGUCGUGUGGCAAGCUUUUCUCGUGGCCACCGGCGCCAACGAUAGAAUCGAUUGUACGAUGUAACACGACAAGAAUGACGCUGUACAAAUCAUAGAAACCAACAUGACGAGGAAGUGAUCAAGGC